AUGUCACCCAUUUCUCCUUCUAACACACCCUCUUUCUCUGAGUCACAAACUCACACUGAACACUUACACCUUCCCACAUCACCUCCAGCCACUCAACCUCAUUCUUCUACCAUAGAACCUUUAGGCCAAAGAAGAUCUAGCAGGGAGCUUAGACUCCCCUCUCACUUGAGUGAUUAUGUAUGUAAUCUGCCCAAUUUGAAAUGUAAUUCCAUCUUUUCCCUCCAUGCUUUGUUUUCACAAAAUAAUCACAUUGCUCCUGAUGACUUGCACCCUAAUAGUCAGCAUGUUGUAAGAAAUAUUUGUCAUGAUAGAGAGCCAACUUCAUAUGAAGAGGCAGCCAUGUAUCCUGCUUGGCAGAGUGCCAUGACUCAAGAGUUUGAGGCCUUGUAUGCCAAUAAUACUUGGGACUUAGUCCCUUUGUCAAAGGAGAAGCAGGCUAUUGGUUGUAGGUGGGUGUACAAGGUGCAACAUAAAGAAGAUGGUAGCAUAGAAAGGUACAAAGCCAGACUAAUUGUGAAAGGGUACACACAACAAGUUGGAAUAGAUUACACUGAGACCUUUUCUCAUGUGGUCAAGAUGACCACUGUUAGGAGAUUAGUUGGGAAGUUGAAUUUCCUUACAAACACCAGAUUAGAUAUAGCUUAUGGGGUCCAACAUUUGAGCCAAUUUAUGCAAGAGCCCAGGGAACCCCAUCUACAUGCAACCUAUCACAUGUUGAGGUACCUUAAGAAAGAUCCUACUUUGGGCCUAGACUUCAGCAAUGCAUCAGAUCUUUCCAUCACUGCUUACUGUUAUUCUGACUGGGUAGCUUGCCCUGAUUCUAGGAGGUCUGUGUCUGGUUACAUUGUCCUUCUAGGAGGCAGCCCUGUGAGCUGGAAGUCUAAGAAACAGGAAACCAUUUCCUUGUCCUCAGCAGAAACAAGAGUACAGAGCACUUAG